AUGCUUCUAAGGAUAGUGAUAAUUGUUAUAGUUUUGUCUGUUGUUCCUAUUAUUUUUUCUUGUUGGUUUUCUGGGUUACCUAAAGAAGGGUAUGACUGAGACAAGUCUUCUCCAUAUGAGUGCGGGUUUAUUUCUGUUAAGAAUCCAGGAGAUUUUUCUUCUCGGUUUUUUCACCUGGUGAUUCUAUUCUUAGUUUGAGAUGUGGAAAUUGUUUUACUGGUUCCUUGUUUUCAGGAUUUAUUCGGCUGGUCGCCAGAAGGGUCUGGUGCUGUGUUGUUUGUCCUUAUUUUGGUUUAUGGGCUGUAUUAUGAGAUAAUGGAGGGGACCAUUAAAUGAACUUUACAUGAAAACUAG